UUUCAUCACUUUCCUCUAAAUAAAAAUACAGGAACUCUCCUUGUAGAUUUUAUUAACUUUUAUCAUUUGCAAUCUACAGCAAGAAAAAAGAAAAAUGACAAAAUCAGGUGCAAUUAUUCUAAUUGCCAGUGCUAUUUGUUUGUUUUCCCUUAUUGGGAUAACUCAGGCUCAAGCUCAGGCUCAGUUUCAUGUGGAAGGAAAAGUUUAUUGUGAUUUUUGCCGUGCUCUCUUCGAAAACCGGCUCAGUAAGCCAAUGCCAGGCGCGGAGGUGCGGUUGCAAUGCAGAAACAGCACAGACGACAGUGUCACCUUGACGGUUGAGGGUCAAACCGACAAGAACGGCGUCUACAGCCUCCUCGUGGAACGCGACCACGAGGACGAGAUCUGCGAGAUGAUAUUAAUGAAGAGCAGCAAGGAAGAUUGCUCUGAGAUCCCAAAUGAAGGCCAUGCAAAAGAAUCUGCAAGAAUUACUAUCACUAGCAAUAAUGGCAUGGCUGAGACGAUUCGUCACGCUAACCCUUUAUUUUUUGUGAAGAAAGAAGCUGCCCCUGAGUGUGCUGAAGUCUUUAAAGAACUUGAAUUGUUGCCUGAAGAAAUUGAUCAAGCUUAAGUUUACUGAAUUAAUUAACAAUUUCCCCAUGUUAAUUUUUUUUUAAUGUAAUUGUUAAUAUAACAUAUAAAUUAUUUCUAGGACUUGCACAUAUGCACGUUCUAAGAGAAGAUUUUAGUAUAUGUUGUUUUAAUGUCAAUUUGGAUCCGGAGUUAUAUGCCUUAACAUUGUAGAUUGAGAGCUUUAAUGUGUAGAGAUCUCAAUUUAUGUAAUACAAAAGCAAACGAAAUAAUAAAAUUUUGUAUGUUAACUUCCCUUUUAAA